CCGCGGCGGCGGGCGCUUGGAGAGGUGAGCGCGGCUACUGAUCCGCCUCGCAGCUCCGAGUCAGGGCUUGCGGGAGGUCCUGGGGUGCGCUCCAGUCUCCCCACCUCCUCCCCCGACACGCGGGCCGGCGGGGCAUGCGCCGCGGCCUCUGACUGGGCACCAACCAGGCUCUGGGAGUGCGAAGAGCCGCGGCUCCGGCCAUGGGCAGCUUCCAGCUGGAGGACUUCGCGGCGGGCUGGAUCGGAGGUGCAGCCAGUGUCAUCGUUGGCCACCCUCUAGACACAGUCAAGACUCGCUUGCAGGCCGGCAUCAACUAUGGGAACACCCUCAGCUGCAUCCGCACGGUGUACAAGAGGGAGAGUGUGUUCGGCUUCUUCAAGGGCAUGUCCUUUCCCCUUGCCAGCAUCGCUGUCUACAACUCGGUGGUGUUUGGGGUCUUCAGUAACACACAGCGGUUCCUCAGCCAGUACCACGGCCGGGAGUCCGAGGCCAGCCGGUCCCACACACUGUCUGACCUUCUCCUAGCCAGCAUGGUGGCUGGUGUGGUCUCUGUUGGGCUGGGGACGCCCGUGGACCUCAUCAAGAUCCGGCUGCAGAUGCAAACGCAGCCAUUUCAGGAAGCCAACCUUGGUUUGAAACCCAGGGCAGUGGCUCUUGGGGUGCAGCCCAUUUACCAGGGGCCUGUGCAUUGCAUCGCAACCAUCAUGCGGACUGAGGGCCUGGCAGGGAUGUACCGGGGCGUUGGUGCCAUGCUCCUGAGGGAUGUCCCAGGCUACUGCCUCUACUUCAUCCCCUAUGUGUUCCUGAAUGAGUGGAUCACACCUGAGACCUGCACAGGUCCCAGCCCCUGUGCCGUGUGGCUGGCCGGUGGCAUGGCAGGAGCAAUUUCUUGGGGGACAGCAACUCCUAUGGAUGUCGUGAAAAGUCGACUCCAAGCUGACGGGGUUUAUUUAAACAAAUACAAAGGUGUCCUGGAUUGUAUCUCCCAGAGUUACCAGAAGGAAGGUCUUAAAGUGUUUUUCAGAGGCAUCACGGUGAACACCGUGCGCGGCUUCCCCAUGAGCGCCACCAUGUUCCUUGGGUAUGAGCUUUCACUGAAGGCGAUCCGUGGGGACCACACCGUGCCCAGCCCCUGAGCACCAGCCAGCGUGAAAGUCCUAGGGGAGCUGUGACUGUUUCUUCACGUCUCUAUUGCUGGUGCCUCGCAUGGAACCUGACCCGGAGACGGCCACUCAGAAACAUCAUUGAGAAGAUGGACAAUCGACUUCCGGCAUCCCCUCAGCUCCUUCUCUUCUCUUCCUCCCUGUUUCUUCUUCUCUGGCUCCACAGUGGUAACUGCAGACCCGAGAAGACAAAGGGAAAUGAGUCCGUGAAUUUUCUAGUCAACAAGAAACCAUUUUGCUUUGGCCUUGGUGACUGCAAAUUCUGUCAAGAAGGAUGGCCUUCGUCAGAAAGGUCUAGCAAACCUCCCUGCUGUUGACCCUGGGGCAGCAAAGACCUGCUGGCUUGUGUGAAUGGGGCCAGACCCUAGACCCAGGGGAAGGGCAUGAUGGAUGAGGCCGAAAAGACUGAGCCCAGGACAAGCCCUGGAACGGCGGCUUUAUAUCAAAUGCUUUAGCUUUUCACUAAAGCACCCACAUUCACGGCUCUCUUGACUCUUCGCCCUCUCUUACAAAAGGAAAAGGGGAGUCACACAUUUUGCAUACUUAAACAUCUUGUAUGAAGCACUACUGUCCUUGGGUUUUGUCUGGGGCAAGGCAGAGGAAUAGUCUGGUUCUCAAAGCUGUGCUCAGAUACUGGCCACUCUCCCUGUGACCAGAAGAGAGUGGCUUUCUAAAAAAAAUCCUGUAAUAAAAUCAGUGCCUCUUUACUAUAGAAAAACAAAACAACAACAACAGAAAAUAUAAACAGAAAAAAAUAAAAUGCCUAUUUUAUGCACUA